AUGCUGCGACCGCGAGUCAUAAAUGGUUGGAGCGACUUCAAAAACCAUUACCCAUACGUGGUCUCACUUGAAGCUGAACAUUCAGCGUUGGCAGAAGGCAAUCUCGGUUUUAGGAUAUGCAGUGGAUCACUCAUAACGAACGAGUGGGUUCUCACAGCUGCUCAUUGUAACCAUGAAUCAUUAGGGGUCGCCAGAUAUGGUAAUCUGAUCAUUCCGCGAAACGAAACGAAGGAAAUGGUGAGAGUUUUGAAAACAAUCACUCAUCCGUCAUAUGCAGCGUCAAUGUCGGGGUUAAUUAAUGUAGACAACGAUAUAGCUUUGGCGCUCGUGGAAAAAAUUCCAAUUAAUAUAUUAGGGCGUAUUCACACCGCGGAUUAUAAGACUUUCGUUGGUAGGUCGUGUUAUUAUGCCGGUUUCGGUAUGACGAGCACAUCAUCGGACAAUGAUGAAAACAAACCAUUGCAAGUUGGUAAAGGAGCCGUGCGACCUGCCGGCGAGGAGGCGAAAAUGUCAAAUCCUGGAUUAGUUGUCGUGCCCGAAUGUGGUGAUACGAAGACAUAUUCUUAUAGUGGAGAUUCAGGGGGUCCCUUGAUUAUCGGCAAAAGAAUAGUUGGCGUGCUCAGCACUGGGUUUCUGAUGCCGCUCAAUAAUCCAAAAUUAAUUCACUGUUGUUAUACGGCAGUUAGUCCUUAUAUUGGUUGGAUAAAAAAUUAUAUAGACGCACAUUAA